UUUAUUGUGAAAAUUAAAUAAACUUUCCCCAAAAUCGUGAAAAUAUAGCAGGAUAAUUUGAGUAAAUAUCCGACGGACGGUUUCUCACUCCAAUAUACUAAGGACACGAUAAAAUAAUGCACAUAACAGGAAAGGAAUGUCGUAAUUAUUUAUUACAAAGGAAAAAUUUGCCUAUUCGUACAGUUCCGGCCUUUACUUAUCAAGCACUGCAGAAGAACACAAUUGUUGAACCACCGCCAAAAAUCUAUAUAUACAAGAAGCGCCCUGUUAAGGAAACACUUUUCAAAAUGUAUUUCCGGCGUGGUGACAUCCCGGUAGCUAAAAGAAUAAAAGGUAGUGGAAAAGGUAUUUCAGGAACAGUGAAAUGGUUUUGUGAGCCAAAGGAACUGGACUAUUGCUACUAUUUGCCAAUAUUUGUGGAUGGUCUAGCGGAUACUGAUAUCGACAUACGCUCACUUGCGCAAGAAGCUGCAAUGGAUUUAAUCCUUAAAGCGCCGCAUAAAAUUUUACCAGUUCUGCCCAAACUGAUACUUCCGUUCAAAAGAGCAUUCAACACUCGUGAUAAGCGAAUAAUAAUAUCAGCGCUGAAGGUCUUGCAAACUAUGGUUCUGGUUGGGCCUUGUGUUGGACAAGCUCUCGUUCCAUACUACCGGCAGCUGUUAGCCGUAUGUAAUUUAUAUAAGAACAUUAAUGUUAACCUCGGUUCUGGUGUUGAUCCUGAUCGUAGUCGUCGUAUCGGCGAUGUUAUCGAAGAUACACUCUCUUUGCUUGAAACAUGUGGAGGGCCCAAUGCAUUUAUCAACAUAAAGUAUAUGAUUCCGACUUAUGAGAGUAGCACCCAUCCUAUAUGUGAGCCGUCGGCAGAAAAACCUGCUGCUUAAAGCAUAAAAUAUAAUUAGAGUUAGAUUUUUAUAGUACAAUAAUAUAGGUUACGAGAGAGCAAGAAGUUAAGCCAUUUAUAAAAUAAUAUUUUGUACUUUUUAUUUUAUUAAUGGCUUAUAUAUUUGCUUACUUCUGAACAGUUAAAAUAUAUAUCUAG